AUGUCAAUUGCAGUGAUUCCUAAUAACAAAAAUACCAAGUGCACUAAAAAAUUUAGUUUAAGCACCACCACCACCACCACCACCACCACCACCGCAACGUCAAUUGAUAGUCAACGUAAACACGUUAUUAAAAGAAAAGUAAUUGCUAUUGGUAAACUAUCAAAGUCAUACAACGUCUUGAAGGAACAUGCUGAACUUGUUCAACAGUUAAAGACUCUAUCAACAAAUGGUAAAUUGCCUAUUGGUAUCUUGGCUACAGGAGAGCAAGGUAUUCGGGAAGCUAUUGUUGAAAAGACGGCUGCUUUGAAUAAUAAUAAUAAUAAUAAUUUGAACAAAAUAAAAGAAGAAAAGGAGAAUAUGACUUUACAUUAUCAUCAGCCUACUCCAAAUACAAUUACAUCAAGAGAAGGUGGGCAUAUAUAAUAGUAUUUCCCUGACUUUUUUUUUGUUUACCCCUGAUUUCCCUCACAUUUAAUA